GAACCCGCUAACGCAUCAAUUUCAGUGCAUGUAGUAUAAUCUCGCGGAAAACUUCCGGGAAAAACUCGUUUCUGUCAAACACUCUUUUAUUUUUCCUAGGGCAACAAACGACGCCUAGUUGCAGCUCGAAAAUGCAGAUCAGUGUAGGCCGACUAGCACUGCUGAUGGUGGUUUCCUGUUUGGGAUUGUCGCUGUCGGCCGUGGACUACUGCGAUCCGGAGCUGUGUGGCAACGGGCGACCGCACAUCGGGUGCAAUGCCACGGAGGAUUUCGGUGAGGCGUGCCCACCCAACACGGAACUGAUUCCCAUGGACGACAAAACGAAGGAACUGAUUAUGAAUCUGCACAACAGUUUGCGGAGUGAGCUGGCCAGUGGGAAGCUGGAGGGUUUCGAGUCGGCCGAACGAAUGGCCGUUCUGGAAUGGAACGACGAACUGGCCAAACUGGCUGAGUACAACACCCGUACCUGUCUGUACACGCACGACGAGUGCCGGUCCACGGAAAAGUAUCACUUCGCCGGUCAGAACAUUGCCCGCAAAUCGAAACCGAACAACAUCACCGUCGAAGUGGUUCUGGCGCUUUCGGAUCUGACCAACAAAUGGUGGCAGGAGUACGUCGAUACCAACCAAACGGUGAUGGAUUCCUACCGGAAGGUUGGCGAAGGAGUUCACAUCGGACAUUUUGCGCUUAUGGCGAACGACCGAAUCACGCAGGUGGGCUGCAGUGCCGCCAAGUACUUCAAUCCGGAUAACAAACGGAACUACGUGUACUACGUCUGUAACUACUCGUUCACGACCGUGCUCGGCAAACCGGUCUACCGGAAGGGUAAACCGUGCUCGAAAUGCAGCGAUAACUGUAGCAAAAAGUAUCCGGGCCUGUGCGAGGGAAUUGGCGAUACAAUCGACAAAGAGCUGCUCUGAAUCGGUCCUGGGAUAAAACCAAAAAAAAAAAAAAAAUUGAGAAUUAAAGUGUGAUACGUUACCGUCGGGAUCGAUUCGUUUGAUUUGCUUACCGAAACUCCCUGAGGAGGAAAAACAAAAGCUGUCAUCGUUUAUAAAUGAGAUCGGAUUGUGGUCAUAUUUUGGAAAAUAAAUUGUACUACUUUA